CUCAUUUAGGCACUUGUGGGUGGUGGUGGAAAUGUAAACUUUUUUCGCAAAGCUAUUGAAUUUUCCUUGCGUAGGCUAGGUUGCGGGUCACCGACAUCGCAAUUAAAACUUUUAAAUACUCGUGACAAUGGUAUUGUUAGUGCGUUAAUCUGAUUAGUUUGGUUCCGGAACGGUAUCGGCCGAUGUUCGACAGUGGCGGCGGUGAAAAAGUGUCCACCAUGAGUGACCAGGACGAUCCUCUGGCUCAGCCGCAGACAACACCUCGCAGCUCGCUCGGAUCCGGUGUGCUAUCAUACAGCAACUCAUCAAUAUCCCCAUCAACCAGUUCUAGUAGUUCGCAAGGAUCAGCCAAAUCGGCCGUCAGUGAAUGCCUCGGAGCAUGGCUGAACUAUCUACAGAUCAUGAACAAUCUGUGCGCUGCCGGGUACCGAUUAGCUCAGACAAUAGCCGCAUUGGAACCAUGGGCUAACUUUGAUCAAUCAUCGCAGACAGGUGGCAGCCAGCAGCAGCAACAACAAUCGCAACAACAGCAACCUUUCAUUCCCUCGCAGAUUCCAUCGCAUAUGGCCUUUCAGUUCAUUACUGCUUGGGAUGAUCUGGCUCGCGCUUCGGUAGUCGCAACCAGUACAGUGAAAUCUCAUAUUGUAAGUGUAUUGCAGGACUUUAAAACGCAGCCUUCGAGUUCAGUUGACCAGGAUAGUGAACUGCUACAUAUCAGGGAAUACAAUCAACUAAUACUCCAGGAUAAUGCUCAAACCAUGAUAAAUCUCCAGCACCAGUUCUGCGUUGCUUCGUGUGACUCAUUUGCGCAACUUAUGUGCUGCUAUCAGUGUCAAACACAGGUGGGAUUUCCCCAUGAUCCAGAAUGUCCUAUGGUUCAACACCCAAUGUCUGCAGCGGCAACAAUUGCCCGAAGCGAUCAACGAUCCCAAACUCCAUCACCGCACUUUGGAAUGAAAAUGCAAGAAGCCCGACUGUACGAUCGAGGAUCAGUAUCUACUCAAGGUUCGUCCGAUCAUGGAACUACAGCUUACGAGCAAACUCGCGGACCUUCGCCUCAUGAUAUUCGGGGACCAAGCCCUAUUCAAGGAUAUUUAGACAACAUUAGAGGUCCAUUGCCCAAUCCAGGUCAUCUCUCUGGGAUGAAAGCACCGUUCUAUCGAGGAUCGAGAAGUCCUCUAAACUUUCCACUAUUCACACUAAAUGGUCAACGUCGGUGGUCUGAAGCAGCAGCUGGCGAAGUAAACUCGGAAUCGGCUCUGGAUGCCGAGAGCCAAAUGCGUCGAUGGUCGAUGCCUUGGGAGGCCAAAGCGGACAAGUCGACCGUCCAUUGGAACCAAACUCGAAUAAUGCCCAUAUCAAAACUUGCCGUGCCACAACAAUCUGGCGGACAGAAGUCAUCCACCGGAGAUCGAAGCCAAAGCACAACGCCCGACUCAACGUGGCAUUCAUCGGUCACUAGCCAAGACGGAUUGGUGGAAGCGAUUCAGCUGCUCUCCUGUCGACCCAUUUACCGCCUCCCACCGAUGCCACCGCCCAGUAUAGGUCCGCCGUUUGUCGAGGAACCUUGCAGCGGGGGUCCUCAGCAGCAGCUACCACAGCAGAACUACGCGGCGAAUCCCGGUCUCUACGGAAUAUGGACGCAGCAAAACCCACCGAGUGCAAUGCUUCGUCAGCAGUCCAUGCAGGAACGGGGCGUACCACCUUUUAUGCAGUACAUUCGCGAACAGGAAGGCUCUCUCGAUGAAAAUCCUCCGGCUUAAAGUGUCAGCACCUUUACCGAAGCGAUUGGACAAAAAUGACCCCAAUGCACAAGGAAGGUUAAAGAAUCUCUUAAGGAAUUCCAAUGGAUUCAUGUAGAGCUAUAUCUUGACCAAACUUUCAAAGGGAAUCCAGGGACAAUCCGGAGACGAUCGCGAAUGUCCCCCGCUUCAUAAAUACAAACCGCGAUACUCAAGCUCAUUACCAUACCGGGAACAGGAAUCAUCUCAUAUAUCGAUCCAUCACCAUCGCAUUGAUAUGUCUCUCUAAUUUACAUUUUCAUCAGACAUAUUUGAUAGGAAAAAUAAUAAACAUUACUUGCCUAGUCUAGGAAGUUCUCGCUAUCAAAAUAGCUAAUAGUCUUAAGUAAAUGUCAUUGUCUUUAAAUGUAAAUAUGUCAAUCUAAAUUAUUCGCAAUGUCCAUUUCAAAAAUCUUGUUUCCUUGUUAGAUAGAUGUAUCGAAAUUAUGUUUUCAAAAGGAAUGUUUGUGUAAUGUAUUGCUGUAGUACCAAAGAAAAGCACAAAUCCUAAUGUAUCGUAAAGAUCUGAUAAGAACUAUAAAAAAAGAAAAACCUCUAGGCAAAUUCACUGUUGUUAAUCUUCAUUCCCGGUAAUUAUUUCAAAGUUAGGUAACGAAAAGUUGUUGAAUGUUGUAUAAGUGAAGUCAAGCCUAGUCGUCAGGAAUUUCGGUAGCUUAAGAAACACAUUUUGUAUGAUGAAAUCGAUGUUCUCGCAAUAAAAAGUUUGGUUCACGGAUUUUACGUUAA